GCAUGACAAUUUUCAUCUUGACUGUUUAUCAGCCAGGGUAGAGGACUGCCAGCUCCUUCAACACUAACAUCUCAGCUGCAGCAACACACCAAUAUUAGUGUAACAUGAAAACUUUGGUGAGUGUUAGUGACUAUGAAACUGAGGCACACAGAAUCUUGCCCCAAAAUGCUCUUGACUACUACCGAUCUGGAGCCAUGCAAGAAGUUACUCUUCAAGAAAACAAGGAGGCAUUCAAUGGAUGGUAUAUUCGGCCAAGGGUCUUAAGAGAUGUGUCCAAGAGCAGCCUUUCUACCACCAUACUAGGACACAAAGUCAGUGUUCCAUAUGGCAUAGCACCAACAGCUAUGCAAAGAAUGGCCCAUCCAGAUGGGGAAAUUGCCAAUGCAAGAGCAGCUGGAAAAAUUGGAACAGCCUUCACCCUGAGUACCAUUGCAACAUCCAGCAUUGAAGAGAUAGCUGAAUAUGCACCUGACACUCUUCGCUUUUUCCAGCUAUAUAUAUACAAAGACAGAGAAGUAACAGCUAGCCUCGUACGAAGAGCAGAAGCAGCCAAUUUCUCUGCCUUGGUUCUUACAGUUGAUGCACCAAGCUUUGGGCUCCGGCGAGCAGAUAUUAGAAACAAGUUUGCUCUACCUCCACAUCUCAGAAUGGCCAAUUUCCAAACAGAUGAUGAAAAGUCUAACUUGGUGAACACAUCUUCAGGAGGUUCUGGCAUUAAUGAAUAUGUCAGCGCUCUUUUUGAUCCUUCUCUAACCUGGGAUGAUGUUGCAUGGCUUACAAGAAUAACCAAACUACCUAUUGUGCUCAAGGGGAUCCUGACAGCAGAGGAUGCCAUUCUCGGAUUAAAGGCUGGUGCAGCUGGUAUAUGGGUAUCAAACCAUGGAGCACGACAAGUUGAUGGAGUGCCGCCAACGAUUGAAGCCCUACCUGAAGUAGUAAAAGCUGUCAAUGGUCAAUGUGAAGUCUAUAUUGAUGGAGGAUUUACUCAAGGUACAGAAAUUUUCAAAGCCUUGGCUCUUGGAGCACAAAUG